UACAGGAGAUGACCAGAGACUGCGGACAUACUACAGGAGAUGACCAGAGACUGCGGACAUACUACAGGAGAUGACCAGAGGCUGCGGACAUACUACAGGAGAUGACCAGAGGCUGCGGACAUACUACAGGAGAUGGCCAGAGGCUGCGGACACAGUACAGGAGAUGACCAGAGACUGCGGACAGCACAGGGAUGACCAGAGACUGCGGACAGCACAGGGAUGACCAGAGACUGCGGACAGCACAGGGAUGACCAGAGACUGCGGACAGCACAGGGAUGACCAGAGACUGCGGACAGCACAGGGAUGACCAGAGACUGCGGACAGCACAGGGAUGACCAAAGACUGCGGACAGCACAGG